GAAAUGCCCUAUUGAAUAGGGCUUUUUCAUCGAUUGUCAUUUGUUUCGAGCUUUGGUCAAGCGUCACAUAAUAUUAAUAUAUCUACGUCAUACGUCUUUAGUUUGUAUCAUUGGCAAUAUCAAUAACAUAGAUAUAUUAAUAUUAGACAACACAUGGCAGAAGCUCGAAACAAAUGACUGAGUGAAAAGCCCUAUAUCAUGUAAAUACAAGUCAUAGAGAUGUCUUUCUACGGUUAAAAUUUCACAGCCUAAUGCCGGUUUUCCACCAGAGAGACAGUUUUUAGAAACACAAACAGAAAUUUUUUGAACGAAAAAAAACAAAAACAAAACUGAAACAAUCCCAAAACUCUUGUUUCCAUUUAGCGGACUUCAUUUUGUUCGAGUUUUGUUUUUGUUUUCGGUCCUUUUCCACCGGAAAACAAAAACAAAACACAAACUCGUGUCGACAACAACAUUUGUUGUCGCGAGGAAGUCAAAGCAGUUUUUCUUUAAUUAAAACAAUGUUUUUUUCUCAAGAAGAUUUUUUUAUUCUUAGUUGUGGAUGGUUAAUAUUGAAGUCAUUGGAAAAAAAGUAAGUAAAUAUAAUUAUGUUCGGUGUACUAGCUGUUUACUAGCCAAAUAAUCACUUUAAACGGUACAUAUAUAUUUUUUAGUAAAUAUAAUUCAUAAAUGAUAAAACAGUAUUGUUUUUUAGGAGAAGAAGAAAACGCAAACACAGAUAUUGGGUUCGAUCACUUUUAUCUAGAAGAGUGAGCGAUGGUGCUGCACAAUUGAUGAACGACAUCCAAAAUGAUGACUUUGGGUUGCAUGGGGAACUGCGCUCAUCUUUUCAUAAUUUUGUGAGAAUGUCUUCCUCUGAUUUUGAAGAACUAAUGACAUUAAUUGGAGGAAAAAUUGCCAAGUUAAAUACAAACUUCAGAGAUUCAAUUUCUAUUAAAGAUCGAUUAGCAGUAACACUGAGGUUCCUUGCAAGUGGGGACAGUUAUCAAAGCUUAAUGUACUUAUGUAAAAUAUCUGUUCCCUCCAUAUCACGAAUUAUACCAGAAGUGUGUGAUGCCCUAAAUGAAGUUCUUAAUGAUUACAUAAAGGUGCCCACCAACUCAGCACAGUGGCAAAAGUUGGCGAAUGAUUAUAACACUAGAUGGAACUUCCCAAUGUGCGUGGGAAGCAUGGAUGGGAAGCACGUUGUCAUGCAAUCACCCAAAUAUAGUGGAAGUGAAUUUUUUAAUUAUAAAGGCACAUUUAGCAUAGUUCUCUUUGCUGUAGUCGAUGCAAACUACAAUUUCACCUACGUGUACAUUGGUUGCCAAGGGCGUAUAUCAGAUGGGGGAGUUUUUAAAAAUACCGGCUUUGCCAAAUCUUUGAGCAAAGAAAUGCUUAACUUACCCGAAAACGCAUCCCUUCCAGAAAGAGAGAAACGUGUACCGUUUGUUUUUGUAGCCGACGAUGCUUUUCCCUUAUCACCAAAUAUAUUGAAACCGUUCUCCGGACACCAGGAUCGCGGAUCUAUGCAACGCAUAUUUAACUACCGUCUGAGCCGAGCAAGAAGAGUGGUCGAAAAUGUGUUUGGUAUAUUGGCCUCUGUGUUCCGUAUUUUCAGAAAACCUAUACUACUAGAACCACCAAAAGUAGAAAAAAUUGUGCAAACUUGUGUUUUAUUACAUAAUUACCUGCGCCGAAAUACCGAAUCAAAAAAUACUUAUACACCACCGGGGUCAUUUGACGUAGAAGAUAUAGAUUCGGGAACUAUUAGAAAUGGAUCGUGGAGGAAUGAAUCACAACCAACUGCAUCAAUGUUACCUCUAAAACCUGUGGCUAGGAAAUCUUUGCAAGAAGCACAAAAUAUAAGAAAUGAAUAUUGUGAAUAUUUUAUUUCAGACCAAGGACAAGUACCCUGGCAAUUAAAAUAUGCGUAAAUAAAGGGGAUUAUGUUAGCAAUUUGUAAUUAUUUAUUUAUUUUCUUUUUUU